GUGUGAGAGAGAGAGAGAAACUCACAUCACUCCUGGUGAGCGCACGUAUCUUUGGGAUCGCACUGUGAGGAUCUGACUGAAGCCGGGUGUGUUGAUCAAACUGAAGCUCGGUUCAGCAGAACUGCGAUUGGGUGUAGAGCUGAUUUCAUAGAAUCUCAGUUCCCAGAGGGAAAACAAACAUGUCAGGCACUGCUCUCAGAAGAAGCACCAACAAACAGGGACUGCACAACCUCCUGAGGCUGACGGCGCAGCGCAGCGUGGAGGACGCCGAGGAGACGCAGCGAGAGCAGCGCCGGAGGGCCCGGGAGGCGGCACGGGCCCACGCUGGGGGGACAGGCUCCUGGGGGGCCCCGCGGGACAGCGUGCCUCAAACCCAGGACAACUCGUCCCCAUCCGAUAGCACUGUGCCCCAGUCUGGGCCCCAGUGUGAGAACAGUGUACCCCAAUCUGUGCCCCAGUGUGAGAACAGUGUACCCCAAUCCUUACCCCAGUGGGAGAACAGUGUGCCCCAAUCUGUACCCCAGUGUGAGAACAGUGUGCCCCAAUCUGUACCCCAGUGUGAGAACAGUGUGCCCCAAUCUGUACCCCAGUGUGAGAAUAGUGUGCCCCAAUCUGUACCCAAGUGUGAGAACAGUGUGCCCCAAUCUGUACCCCAGUGUGAGAACAGUGUGCCCCAAUCUGUACCCAAGUGUGAGAACAGUGUGCCCGCAUCCAAAGACAGCACGCCCCAGUCCGAGGACCAAGCACCCCCAAGCAAAGACAGAGCAUUGGAUGCUAGUUUAAAGCCAGGUCACCAGGCAACUCUGGAGGAGGAUGAGGGCUUCAGUGAUUGGACCCUGAAAUUUGGGGGAACCCGUCAGCAUCGCCCAGAAGAACAGAGCCCUGAAAGAGCUUCCAGUGUUGAUGGGAGCCUCUUAUUCCCAACACACCCGACAUCUAGACGGCACGAAGAAGAGCAGGAGAACAGGGGUGGCUGUGAGACGAAGGACAGUGAGAGGAGCGGGGAGCCCCAACGGAGCAUCCGAGAGGAGGUGGGGGAGGAGGAGAGGAUGGACACCCCCAGAAAAGAAGAAAAGGGUGAAGAGAAGGAGUCAAAGGUGACAUAUGUGUCCAGCAUAUUCCUGCCGCAGGAAAGGAGAAGGACGAUCACCAAUGGAGCUGCAGCAGGAGAGGAAGUGACAUCAUGCACAAUUACAACUAAAAGGGCACAACGUGUGGUAGAGGAGGUCAGGGUUGACACGACGGAGGUGGAGGUGAAGAUGGAGAAGAGGCAGGAGCAGGAGCGCUUCUGGCGGCGGCAGUUGGAGGCUGAGGUGGCGCUGGAGGAGCUGAGGAAGAGGAGGGAGGAACAGCGAAGGGCCCGUGAGGAAGAUAAACGCAAGAAGGAGGAAGAGGAACACCUACGGCAGGUCCAGGAGCAGGAGAGCAUUCGGCAAAUGAGGGCAGCGAUAGAGAGGAGGAGGAUAGAAGCAGAGAAGAUGAAAAGACUCAGCAUCACUGAAGGAGAGGAGCCUUUCAGCCCAGUCAAUCCCAAGAGCCCCACAUUCAAGAAUGAAACAGAGGAGAGGGUGACUGCAGAGAACACAAGCUCGAUUGUUGAAAGGACAGAAUCCUUGAACCGAUCACUGAAGAAAAAUAAUGGGGUGAAGACGCUGCCCCCAGUGCUGGUUUCCACCAUCGAUAUCAGACUGAAGCAGUACACUCACGCUCUGGAGACAUCCUGCAGGGAGGGCCGGCAGACUGUGACUGACAUCCCCCGCUCCCCAGAGCCUGUGGCCUCUAAGAAGAGUCUGUUCGAGGAUGGAGACGCCUGGAGCCAGAGCUCCGCCAGGAGCCUGCAGCUGAAGGCAAAGUGCAAUACGGAUACGGAUGGCCUUAAAGUGGGCGUGGCAGACCGGAUCUCUCACUGGGUGAAGGGGAAUCCUGAGAGCUGCAGCAGAAAUCCCCCCUUAAAACCAUCAAAUGUGAAAGCUGGAGACGUGCAGAGCAAAAAGAGCCUGUGGGAGUCUGUCAGGGCCUCCUGCUCAGAGGGGUCCGCAGGCAAGGGUUCCUUCUGUGGUAACAGAUACAGGUUUGUUGUGACGGGUCAUGGUAAAUACGAGAAGAUGGCGGUCAGUGACGAUGAGAAUGAGUAAUUGAGUGCAGUGUCAACAGGACUGUGCCUUGAAGAGCCCGGGGGAUGGAUCGCAACACAAAACAUGCCUUUUCUCUUUUUUAUGAUCUCAUUGAUGAUGGUUAUUUUCUUGGUCAGUGAUGCUGUUAAUGUGCACUUCAGGCCCCUGGUAAUCAAUUGCAGUGACAUAUCUCUUGGUUCAUUUUAUCAGUCAAAAGCUUGAUUUGCCACCACCAGUGGGCCCUUCAUUCACUUCAUUCAUCAUUGCGUUGAAUUUUACAGAAAAUGUGUAAAGCUUGAAAUGAUAUACUGUAUUUGCUUAUAACUGGAUAGUCCUACAAAUCUGUCAGAGAAAAAUGUUGCUACUAUGAAAUGUCUGGAUGUACAUUUAAAACUUGCAUAUAGCUCCGUUUCAACAUUGGACACUUUUGGACUGUUACGUUAGUGAAUUGUGUCGGUGCAUUAUGCUCCAUCAAAAAAAGAGAGAAAAGCAUAUAGCUUAGUGAUUCUAGCUCCUUUGGAUUUUCUAUUUGAAAGUAAUAAAUAUUUUCACUAAUGA